AUGCCUCGCAGCGGUAAAUCUUCUUCGUCCGGCUCUCAGCCGAGCAAGAAAUCGGAGAGCACACAUUCUGAAACUCUUCGCAAGGCGGUUUUGACAGGCGACAAUCGUGUUCCCUACUCCGAGCGUAUCCGAGCUUUGCGCCAGCCACACGCGGAGGCGUCCUCGAGCGAGUCUAGGUCAGACGGUAAUGCUGGGUUAGUACCGCCAUCAUUGGACCCGAGAGAACCGCGGCCCAAAUCCCCCGUCUCUCCCUCCGUGCUUUCCAUGCUAGUUAACUCCGGCAAUACCGCAGACAUUGAAAAAGACCUUCACGACCUACAGCUGGCCUUAGACGGAUUUACGUAUAAUACGGAAAACGACGACUACCUGUUCGAUCGCCUAGCGCAUCACGAGGAGGAGGCUGCGGUCAACAAGCGGUAUUCCGAUUCAGCUAACGAGCGGCAGCGUAAGCGCUCUAGUAUACCAGCAGUCCCUUCGUCCCGAAGGGUUGCCGUGAUCUUCACCCCUGGAGCGGGCGAAGAGCAAUCCAACCCCUUCGACUACGUGUUUGAUAACCUAAGAGAGACAUCCCAGAAGAGUUCGGAUAAGAGCUCUAAAAAGAGUGACGGCGAUCGUAAGCCCAGAAAAGAUCGCCGGAAGCGGAUAUAA